CCUCCCGCCAAAGUGUACAGAGUUUGAAAAUAAUGGUCUGACUGUUUAGACCAAUGGUACGAGAUUUCAAAAUGCGCUUCAGAAGAUUGCACAGCAUUUGUUCGCGUUCACUGCAAAACGAACCGGCGACUCAUCUCAGAGCAGAAUUACCACACAGAAAAAGUCCCAAGAUAUCCGGCGGUAAACCACCGGCGAAGGCAGAAAAAGUCAGUAGCUCGGAUAUAGUUCAAUGGAACAGGACCAUCACCCAACACAUGCGACAAGGAGAAUGCGAUUCCGCACUGCGCUUAUUUAAUUCCAUGCCUGCCAAGUCGUGUGUAUCCUGGAAUGCAAUGAUAUCUGGGUACUUGUCGAACGGCAGAUUGGACCUCGCUCAGCAGUUGUUUGAUGAAAUGCCUCAAAGAGACUUGGUAUCCUGGAACAUCAUGCUUAGUGGGUAUAUCAAGAGUACGAAUUUUGGGGCAGCUAAGAUGUUGUUUGAUCAAAUGCCUGUUAAAGAUGUUGUUUCGUGGAAUGCUUUGCUUUCUGGGUAUGCCCAGAAUGGGUACAUUGCUGAUGCUAAAAGGAUAUUUGACAUGAUGCCUGUGAAGAAUGAAAUCUCAUGGAAUGGACUUCUGGCUACGUAUGUUCAGAAUGGGAGGAUUGAGGAAGCGAGGAAAUUGUUUGAGUCAAAGGACAAUUGGCCGCUGGUUUCUUGGAAUUGCUUGUUGGGCGGGUAUUUGAAGAAGCGGUUAUUGGCUGAGGCGAGGGUGCUUUUUGAUAGAAUGCCUGUUAAGGAUCAGGUCUCAUGGAACACAAUAAUUUCUUGUUAUGCCCAGAAUGAUAAUUUGGAGGAAGCGAGGAAGUUGUUCGAUGAGUCCCCUAUUAGAGACGUAUUUACGUGGACUUCAAUGCUUUCUGGUUAUGUACAGAAUGGGCUGGUAGAUGAGGCCAGAAGGAUUUUUGAUGAGAUGCCAGAGAAGAAUGAGAUCUCAUGGAAUGCAAUGAUUGCAGGAUAUGUGCAGUCUAAGAGGAUGGACUUGGCGAGGGAAUUCUUUGACGCAAUGCCUUGUAAGAACGUCAGCUCUUGGAACACAAUGAUAACAGGUUAUGCUCAAAAUGGGGAUAUCAUGAGUGCCAGAAGUUUAUUUCAUUGUAUGCCAUGUCGUGAUUGCAUCUCUUGGGCAGCAAUUAUUGCUGGAUAUGCUCAAAGUGGCAAUAGUGAGGAGGCAUUGCGCAUGUUUGUGGAGAUGAAAAGAGAUGGCGGGAGGAUAAAUAGGUCGGCAUUUACUUGCGCUUUGAGUACAUGUGCUAACAUUGCUGCAUUCGAAUUAGGAAAGCAAAUACAUGGACUGCUUGUGAAGGCUGGAUAUCACACUGGUUGUUACGUGGGAAAUGCGCUCCUAGCAAUGUACUGUAAGUGUGGAAGCAUUGAUGAGCCAUAUGAUGUAUUCGAGGAAAUAGAGGAGAAAGAUGCUGUCUCUUGGAAUACAAUGAUCGUUGGUUAUGCAAGGCAUGGUUUUGGCAAACAAGCUCUUCAACUAUUCAAAUCAAUGAAAGAAGUGGGUUUCAAACCUGAUGAUGUCACCAUGGUUGGUGUAUUGUCUGCUUGUGGCCAUACUGGCCUGAUUGACAAGGGCAUGGAAUACUUUUACUCCAUGGAUCGCGAUUAUGGAAUAACUGCAAACCCGAGACACUACACUUGCAUGAUUGACCUUCUGGGACGAGCUGGGCGUCUGAAUGAUGCUCAAAAUCUAAUGAAGGACAUGCCUUGUGAACCAGAUGCUGCAACUUGGGGUGCUCUCCUUGGGGCAAGUAGGAUCCAUGGAAAUACUGAAUUAGGAGAAAAGGCUGCUGAAAUGAUUUUCAGUUUAGAGCCUUGGAAUGCAGGGAUGUAUGUCCUCCUCUCAAAUUUAUAUGCAGCUUCUGGUAGAUGGCGUGAUGUUAGCAAGAUGAGAUUAAAAAUGAGGGAUACAGGUGUAAGGAAAAUGCCUGGUUACAGCUGGGUUGAGUUGCAAAAUCAGAUUCAUCUUUUUUCAGUUGGGGAUACCAUGCAUCCAGACAGCAAAAGAAUAUAUGCUUUCUUGGAAGAGUUAGAGUUACUAAUGAAGCAGGAGGGUUAUGUCUCUGCCACGAAAUUGGUCCUGCAUGAUGUGGAUGAAGAGGAGAAGGCACACAUGCUCAAGUAUCAUAGCGAAAAAUUAGCCGUUGCUUUUGCAAUUCUAAACGUACCAUCUGGGAGACCAAUUCGUGUGAUGAAAAAUUUAAGGGUUUGUGGAGAUUGUCAUACUGCUAUCAAGAUCAUAUCAAAGAUUGUGGGUAGAUUGAUAAUCAUUCGGGAUAAUAACCGUUUUCAUCACUUCAGUGGAGGUGUUUGUACCUGUGGAGACUAUUGGUAGUACUGGAGUGUGAAAGUUUAC